CUCUGCUUUCAGCCGCUGCAGUCAACAUUUUCAACUCUGACGAAACGCACGGUUAGACGGACUCAGCAAAAAUCAGUUGGAAAUCAAAUAUUUUUGAGAAAUGGAGCUGGUGAUAAACAACACGGAAGGAAAGCCAUCAAAGUUACAAGCAGACGAAAGCCAAGUGUAGUACAUUCUACAUUGUACAUUCAAGUAUUAAUCAAGUAACCACAAGAGAAACAAAAGCUGCCGAAAAAAGCAAAAAGAAAACGAAGCAACUGCAAUUUCAGAGAGUGCACGCAUACUGUUUGUCACUCCGUCAGUCUGCCCGUCGACUCCUCCUUUGUGUGCGGUGUGUGUGAGUGUGUUUUGUGUUAAAGGUCAGAAACUCAUAUGAAAAUGUCGCGCUCUAACCAAAAAGCAAUGUCAACAAAUGCCGUCGACGGCGAGGACAUGGCCUCGUCCAUGCAUCCUGCAUCCUCAGUACUCGUUGCCCCAUCAGCAUCUGCCUCUGCUUCGAUGUCCAGCAGCAGCCUGACGGGUGGCACACCUCUGUUUAGGGCCAGUCGGGCCACGGUGGUCGCUGCCCUACUGGUGGCCAUUGUUUUGUGCAGCGGCAGCUUGGGAGUCGCCGACGGCCUCAAGUGCCACAUGUGCGGCCAGUACAACGAGGGCGUGGGCUCCAUCACGCCCUGCACCAACUACACCAAAGACAUUGCCCAUCUCUAUCUGAAGGAGUGCACCAAAAAAAAAAAGAGCGAGAAAUAUUGUGUGAAAUACGUUAGUGAGCUGUCGACCGUACGCGACUGUGCCACCGAGUGUUUGGAGAAAGAAAUUUGGGAGACCCAAACAUAUUGCUGCACCGAGGAUGGCUGUAAUUCUGGCACUCAUUUGGCCUACUCUGUUAUCUUGUUGACCCUGCCCUUCCUGUCGAUCUGGCCCAAAGCCGUCGAUCUCUGGAACAUGAGGCGUUAGGUUGAAAAAGCGUUCAGAUAAUUCAUAAUCUCAUUUGUUACUUUUUUUUCAACUAUUUUUAUUGAAAUAAAAUGUAUAAAAAUUCAAAAGUUUAGCAUUUAUAUUGAGUUUCAAAAACAAACACGAAGAAAAAUUCUGUGAACGGGACCUAAUGAACUAAAUAAAACAACAAAAGAGGAACAUUUAUAUGAAAAUUAAACCAUUUGAACCUAUUUUAAUGUGACUUAUAAACUCAUGCAUAUGAUUCCAAAACUACUUAACUAUAUAAAUAUGUUGCAAUAUAUAAUUACUGUUAAUACUUUGUGGCUUUGUAUUUCUGACUGUCUUCCCAAAAUGCACUACUAUAAUAUUUGAAUAAAAAGAACAAUGACAAAACUCUUGAAAGCAAAAACAACUAAAUGUUAAAACAUUAAAUAGAAGAAAAUGCAACAUAAACAAACUAAGCUAAAUCGUACUCACUAUUAAAUACAAUGCCAAAAAUUAAUUAGAUAUUACAAGAAAUGAAAAAAAAGCUUGAGAGAAAGAAAACCAGUAUUGUCUGUAAGAAAAAUGCCAGCUGUCAAAAGUACAUAAAGAAAUGUAAUCACAUUGAGACGUUAAAUAUAUAUAAAUAUAAAAUAAUUAGCGUCGUUGAAUGCAUUACAAUUUCACAUUUCAUAACCAUUAAUAAAUACAUUACACCUAAGAACAAAGAACGAAAGUAGAAAUAAAUCAUCGUACAGUCUUUGCGUUAUAAUUUCUACAAAUAUCCACAAAUAUUACGCAAAUGUCAAAGUCACGGUGCGUUUAUUUUGGGGUCUGUGACUUUGCACUUUGUACAAGUAAUAUUUGUUGGAUACUCUAUUAUAUGUUGUUCCUUCAGCCCGAUGAUGAGAGGCGCUUAAAAUGGGAAAAUAUUUAGCACUUACGCAAAUAUAUGUAACUUUAAGGUGAUACGAAUUAUCAUAACGAAAAUCAAGAAAAUCUUCACUCCACUGUUCAUGAAAUUCUAAAUUAUAUAUUAAAAGUAAAGUAAUACUAAAAAGAAUCCAUUGUUAACCAUAGGAGGGGAGAUGUUUGUAGCAGAUUGAUGAAGUGCAACACAAUGCGGAAUAACGUAAGUAAAGCGAAAACCAAUUACUAGAAUUAUUUAGAAUUAUCAAGAGACAGUUUAGUGAACCCAAAGUGAAUUACGACAAAAGUUCUAAGCGAUUUUCUUAUAGAGCACUUAUGCGAUUCCAUUUUUAAUUAUUUACAAUUAAUAUAAUAUGAACAUUUUAAAUGAUAAAUACUUAUAAAAAUAUAUUUAAACAAUGCAUAUGAAAUAUACAACAUAAAUAGAGACUAGAUCUAAGGGCUUUCCACUAUAUUAAAAGCAAAUAAAAAGUGUGAAAAAA